GCAUCAAGUUUUACUUCUCGUAAUUCUAUCAUUCAUCUGAAAUUUCAUUUCUCAAGAUUCAGGGGCUAUACUUUGUCUUCAUGCAAUCUCUGAUCGUCAUCGGCUGAUCUCUGUAAACCCUUGGUCGAUCUCACUGUAAAUUACCUUAAAUCAAUAGCGGAGCCGCAUCUCUCAUCGGUCCAGAUCAGUCAUGGCUCCUCCGGCUCAGUCCCAACGGUCAGCGUCACCGUCUCAACCUUCAGGCAAAGGUGAAGUUUCGGAUUUAAAAUCACAGCUCCGGCAGCUUGCUGGAAGCCGCGCUCCGGGUGUUGAUGAUUCGAAGCGUGAGCUUUUCAAGAAGGUGAUCUCCUAUAUGACGAUUGGUGUUGAUGUUUCGUCCGUCUUUGGUGAGAUGGUUAUGUGUUCAGCCACAUCAGACAUUGUUUUGAAGAAAAUGUGUUAUCUCUAUGUUGGGAAUUAUGCAAAGGUCAAUCCUGAUCUUGCACUUUUGACCAUCAAUUUUCUUCAAAGAGAUUGCAAGGAUGAGGACCCAAUAAUUCGCGGGCUUGCAUUGAGGAGCUUGUGUUCACUGCGAGUGACGAAUCUAGUGGAGUAUUUGGUGGGUCCUCUGGGAUCAGGGUUGAAGGACAAUAAUAGUUAUGUUAGGAUGGUGGCGGUCAUGGGGGUUCUAAAAUUGUAUCAUAUAUCUGCUUCAACAUGUAUUGAUGCAGACUUUCCACUGACAUUAAAGCAUUUGAUGCUUAAUGAUCCUGAUACUCAGGUUGUUGCAAACUGUUUAUCUGCACUACAAGAGAUUUGGAGCUCGGAGGCAAGCACAUCUGAGGAAGCAUCGAGAGAGAGAGAAGCUCUGCUUAGCAAGCCUAUUGUAUACCACCUUUUGAAUCGGAUCAAGGAAUUUAGUGAAUGGGCUCAAUGCCUUUUGCUCGAGUUGGUUGCUAAAUAUGUACCCUCAGAUAGCAAUGACAUAUUUGACAUCAUGAAUCUCCUUGAAGAUAGACUGCAACAUGCAAAUGGUGCUGUUGUCUUAGCAACUGUUAAAGUGUUUCUACAUUUGACCUUGUCCAUGACUGACGUUCAUCAGCAGGUAUAUGAAAGGAUCAAAGCUCCUUUGCUAACCUUAGUAAGUUCAGGAAGUCCUGAGCAGUCUUAUGCAGUUUUAAGUCACCUGCACCUUUUGGUGAUGCGUGCACCAUUUAUUUUUGCCUCAGACUACAAACACUUCUACUGCCAGUACAAUGAACCAUCUUAUGUAAAAAAGUUGAAGCUUGAAAUGUUGACUGCAGUGGCAAAUGAGAGCAACACAUACGAAAUUGUUACGGAAUUAUGUGAAUAUGCUGCAAAUGUUGAUAUCACCAUUGCAAGAGAGUCAAUCCGGGCUGUGGGGAAAAUAGCCCUGCAACAGUAUGAUGUGAAUGCAAUUGUUGAUAGGCUUCUUCAGUUUCUAGAGAUGGAAAAGGACUACGUGACUGCUGAAGCUCUGGUCCUUGUAAAAGAUUUACUUAGGAAGUACCCACAGUGGAGUCAUGAUUGCAUUGCAGUUGUUGGGAGUAUUAGCACUCAAAAUGUUCAGGAACCAAAGGCCAAGGCAGCUCUUAUAUGGAUGUUGGGAGAAUAUUCUCAGGAUAUGCAUGAUGCUCCUUAUAUUUUAGAAAGUUUAAUUGAAAAUUGGGAUGAAGAGCAUUCUGCUGAGGUUCGUUUACAACUUCUUACUGCAGUUAUGAAAUGUUUCUUCAAGAGACCACCUGAGACUCAGAAUGCCUUGGGAGCUGCAUUGGCUGCCGGGCUGGCUGAUUUUCACCAGGAUGUUCAUGAUAGAGCCUUAUUCUACUAUAGGCUCUUGCAAUACAAUGUAUCUGUAGCAGAAAAUGUUGUGAACCCUCCAAAGCAAGCUGUUUCAGUCUUUGCUGAUACUCAGAGCAGUGAAAUCAAAGAUCGGAUAUUUGAUGAAUUUAACAGUUUAUCUGUUGUGUAUCAGAAGCCUUCUUACAUGUUCACAGACAAGGAACAUCGUGGUCCAUUUGAGUUUUCAGAUGAGCUUGGAAAUGUAUCUAUUGGGGCAGAAUCUGCAGAUAACGUUGUUCCAGCCAACAGAGUUGAGGCAAAUGACAAGGAUCUGCUUUUAAGUACUUCAGAGAAGGAAGAAAGUAGGGGUCCCACUCACAAUGGUUCUGCCUAUAGUGCUCCUUUGUAUGACAGUUCAUCUGCUUCAAUCUCUGCUGCAAACUCACUAUCAGAAUUGGCAAUUUCAAACCCCACAUCUGCAGGCAAUGCUUCAUCAUCUAGCUUAGCUAUUGAUGAUCUACUUGGUCUAGGUCUGCCAGCAACCCCAGCAGCUGCACCUUCUCCUGCUCCUGCUCCUUUACCUCCUCCAUUGAAGCUUAAUCCCAAAGCUGUUCUAGAUCCAGGCACUUUCCAGCAAAAAUGGCGCCAAUUGGGGAUUUCCUUUUCACAGGAAUUUUCCAUGAGCCCUCAAGGAGUUGCAGCAUUGACAACACCUCAAGCUCUCCUCAAGCACAUGCAAGGCCAUUCCAUCCACUGCAUUGCUUCAGGUGGCCAAUCACCUAACUUCAAGUUCUUCUUCUUUGCACAAAAAGCAGAAGAAUCAUCUAAUUAUCUUGUGGAGUGUGUAAUCAACACAUCAUCAGCUAAAGCACAAAUAAAGAUUAAGGCUGACGAUCAAAGUACAUCGCAGGCCUUCUCAGAUAUCUUCCAGUCAGCCUUGUCAAAGUUUACUGUAUCAUAAGCCUUCUAUGUUGUCACUUCAAGGCUGAGCAUAAUAUGGUUUCCUUCCGUUAUCUUUAAUGAAAUUCCCUUUACACAAGAAAGGGCACAAAAAAAAA